GGAUGAGCAAAUCAAACGUUUGGGCUCCAUGACAGCAGGUGAUGAGCAGCAAAACCUGUGCACGCUAUUAGGUAGAAACGUUCAAUUUUCGGAGUAUUCUAUCGGGUAUCUCUGGGACUGAAAUAGACGGGGUUCAGGGACAACAGACAGUCGUUUAUAAAUAAAUGGUGUAAACCAUCUCAUCUCCUCCUCCUUCCUAAAUGAUCGGGAGGCAUCACCGCCUGAGGAAACAGUGAUUGCCUCAUAAAUCUGCAGCUUUUUGUCAACCUCUAUACAAUAUCUCAUGGCGACCAUUGCCAAGAGACCAUCCCUACAGGGUCCUGUACCACCUCCUCGCAAGAAGACGACCCCCAAACCAGAGCUGACCGAGGAGCAGAAGCAGGAGAUCAGGGAGGCCUUUGAGCUGUUUGACACAGAUGGAUCCGGAUUCAUCGACGUCAAGGAGCUCAAGGUUGCAAUGAGAGCUUUGGGGUUUGAACCAAAGAAAGAGGAGAUCAAGAAGAUGAUUGGUGAAGUGGAUAAGGACGGCACAGGGAAAAUAUCCUUUGCCGACUUUCUCUCUGUCAUGACACAGAAAAUGGCCGAGAAGGACUCCAAAGAGGAGAUCCUGAAAGCUUUCCGCCUGUUUGACGAUGACGAGACCGGCAGGAUCUCAUUCAAGAAUUUGAAAAGAGUAGCAAAGGAGCUGGGAGAGAACCUGACGGAUGAAGAGCUGCAGGAAAUGAUCGAGGAGGCAGACAGGGAUGGCGAUGGAGAAGUGAACCAGCAGGAGUUCCUGCGUAUCAUGAAGAAAACCUGCCUGUACUGAUGUGAGUGGAUGUCAGCAGGGAUGGUGACGCACGACGUGGAGGGGGGCUGGCGGUGGUUUUACAUGUAAUGCUGUUCAUCAAACAUCUCCUUAUUAUGGUUGUGCCAUAUGUUUUUAUUUUAAAUUGAAGUUAAACAUGAGUCAAUGAAGGGAUGGUUUAAGAUCUAAAAUGUUCUUUUAAAUCACAUGAUGAUACAUUUAGCCAAAAACAGUCAGAGUACACUCUGUCUGGUUUGCGAUGCUGCAUACUUUUAUGAAUACAUUCAUAUAUUUAUGAUGAAAUGUAGGUUAUUUGUUAAGUAAUACUCAGUGCCUGCGUCAGUACAGUGACAAACACAGUACAUUACAUUGAUUGGGUGGAUACAAAUGUUUGCUUUCAGCCACAUGUAGGUUGUUUUAUCCUUGUUACUCCACUGUUUCCUGUUUCAGCCCUUGUAUGCUGUUUUUCCACAGAAAUAUAUUAUGUUAGCCAUUUGUGUCAUGCUGAUGGUUUGGGAGCGUCGUCUCCCUACAGUGCUACCUGUAGAUUUGUGCCUGUGCCUCUAAAGGGUCAAUCAUCAAUCAGGGAAGCUGCCCGACCUCUCUGACCUCCACACCUUCCCAAGAAGUCCCACUAACUUAUCUUUCUCCUACAACAUGAUCGACUGUGUGUUUUCCUCUUGUUGCGUUGCAUAUUUAUCGCUCUGCUGAUUGUACCUUUUCCUCUGGAUGUUUUGUUUAAUACAGUUACUUUAAAUAGUAGAUAUACAACGUUUACAAGUGUUUAAAGUAUACAAUAAAUAUAUUGAAGCAUUG